AUGGAAGAACUUCUUCUCCGCGAUCGAAACGGUCUAAGGUCCGCCAAUAAAGGCAGUUGCACCACUUCUCAGCGCCGAAGGAACUAUCCUACUAACCGAGAAGACACAAACUCUACAGCGAUGGGUCAUUCAAGCCUUCGGACGUCUCCAAGACGCAGUUUGGAAUCGUGACGGUCUCCAGCUCAGCACGAAACUGAAAGUGUACAAGGUCCUCAUCCUUCCGACGCUGCUAUAUAGAACAAAGACUUGGACGGCGUACACGAAGCAGGCACGCCGACUGAGCCACUUUCAACUCAGUCGUCUCCGUCGCAUUCUGAGGCUGAGCUGGCAGGAUCGAAUCCCCGACACUGAUGUGCUGGAACGGUCGGGAAUCCUCAGCAUCUGCACCAUGCUGAGACAAAUACAGCUGCGUUGGAGCGGCCACCUGGUGCGCAUGGACGACGAGCGACUACCCAAACGACUCUUCUGCGGAGACGUCGCCACAGGUUCUCGCCGCCAAGGAGGCCAAAUUCGUCGAUACAAGGAUAUUGUGAAGUCCUGUCUGAAACGCCUGCAAAUUAAUCCGGCCAACUGGGAAGAACUCGCUCGAGACCGAUCGACCUGGAGUAGGACAGUGAAGACAGACGCUGUGAUCUACGAAGCCAACCGCACUGCCGCCGCGAAAGUCAGACGCGGAGUCCGCAAAUCUCAGCUGCGCCCACCUCGCAGUGCCAACGCACGACCGACUUCAACGUGUCCACGGUGUCAGCGGACAUUCACGGAGUCAGUUGGAAUUAUUAGACACCUUCGGAUCAACUGCACCGUUCGGACUGCACCAACUGUCGACACUCUGUCCACCUCUUCCUCGUCCUCUACGCCGUCAACAAAGUCUGACCGCCCUCCUGAACCAGUACUUCCAUUGUUCUUCUUCCUCUUCACUUUCUCCUCCUCCCGCACUGCCUCACCCUCUGCCAUUGUGGCGUCUGCCACUCACACCAACAUGACACACAAUCCUGACACACCAGCAAACACCAGCACCAUCACCGACGACAUCAGAAGUAAGGACCAAGACUACACCUGUCCUAACUGCGACCGCAUCUUUACCUCACACAUCGGCCUGGUCGGACUUGCGGAUCCAUCGCACAGAGACUGGCGAACGCGUGCCUGGAGCACCAACCUACACCCGCCUCGCCCGCCUCCACUGUCCACACUGCCGUCGCACAUUAAUGCAUCGCGUGGGCUUAUUCAGCCACAUGCGUAUCCACGAGGGCGGAAAUGA